CGUCCCCAAAAGACACGGUCUUUCCAGAAACGAUUCCCGAAGAAAGUUCAAGCACUGAAGAUGAACACGUGGUGAUCUUCAGUUUGCCACCCUUAAGUGAAUCUGAUGGAUUUUUACGAGAUCCAUCCAUUUAUACUGCUGAAACCAGUUUAAUCCAGUUGGCGAUGAGGAGGAGUGGGAGAACGAAUAACGUAAACAAGAGUGGAGAGCAUGGACAUUCUGGUCACCCUCAAAGCUCUUCUGAGCAAAAGGAUAAAACCUCAAGACCGCCCAUGCAAAAAUUUGGAUCCUCAACUGAUAAAGACUCUAUGGAGAGCGGUGACACCAAAAAAAACCGAACAUCCGGCUGAAUCAGGUCCCAAAUUCGGUACUCACCACAUCAUGGAUCUUACUGCAGCCACUUUUCUGGAUGUGGGAGUACUGCGUUGCCUGUUUAUCACCGAUUGGCAAGAGGAAGGGAUUUACUGGGCUCUACAUUUCCUUUAUAACAGGCUUCGGGAUAUAAGCGAAGAGAGUGCUGCCCAACACCAACCGAGAAAGCGCAGCAACUCUUUACCGAUCCCUAAAAUCGAGGUGUCAUUCUACCAAAGUACUGACAGUAAAAAAAGUGAAAAUAAAGAUUUCAUUGAAGUGCCUGAGCCUAAAGAUGUAGCACUGCUAGCCGAGUCUCCGUAUAUUUCACAUACCAAAUCCUCGGAAGAGUCCCUACACAAACGCUCCUCAAGUGAAAAAGGGCGUAAAAGGAUGAAAAUAGCUGAUUUAAAGGCGUUCGUGGAAACCAAAUUGCUUUCAAAAUCGGAUAAGGCACUGGAAAAAAUUGGACAAGACGAUCCAAAGCCGCUGGAUCAAACACAACCGGUGCGUUUCCAGAGUAUAGCCAAAAGAGUUCUAGAUGACUAUCAUCGUAGUCUUGACACUAGCGAGGAAAUUUCCAGAAAAAAUGGCGGCCUAUCCAAGUCAUUCGACCCUACCCCCAAUAACCUGGUGAAGGGAAAAAGUAUGCCCAGCCUCAGCUGUUUGAUUGACGAAAUCAAUUCGGAAGGGUUUAUGGAGGAUGGCCAAUGGGACGGCAAAAGACCCAGCAAGUUUGUCCAGCAGCAACCCAUGGCCAAUCCCAUUAUCACUGUGACAGAACACACCCCCACACCAUCACCAGACUACUUAAGGCGACAGGGAUCAGUAGAUAGUCAGAUAGAUGCAGCCAGUCUCUCCGGACAUCUGGGCUACUGGCAACAAGAGAGAAAAUCCAGCUUAACCCGAUCCCAAACUGACUCAAAUAUCACUUACACCAGCGAAGAUAUUCCUGAAGCUCCUGGAUCCAUAUGCUACAUCACUAAAGAUGGUGAUAUUGAUUUUUUUGUCGUUUUAAAAGCCCUCUAUCGUACUUCCUUAAGGGAAAGUACCUCCUGCACCCUAAGGGUUCUAGAAGUGAUCUUGAACAUCCUGGAAUUGCUGAUGGACAUGGGCAUUCUGAGGCAACCAACUAAAGAUGAACACCAAUCGAGCCCUCCGGAAAAUGAGGCAGAAACUGGGAAAACUGGGGAGAACGAGCCGAAAAUUCCCACUAGUGCCACUCAUACCUCUUUUGGGGGUGAGAGUUUGAUGAAUGAUUUGGUAAUGUCGCCCCAUAAGCUUGCUAUGAGUACUAUUGUUAGGGUUUUAAAACAUUUGGGAUGUCCGCACGGCUGCGCGGAUGGUCAGAGAGGCCCAGCAGCCGAGUUUCUGCGCACCCAAUGCCAAAACAAUUUAAGUAGACUUCACAAGUUCAGUCAAAAACAGUUCAAGCGUUUUCUACGUGAAUACGUGAAAAAUCAGCCGUUAACUGAAAUAAUGGAGGUACUACAUGGUUAUAUGGGGUACUGCGUCGACCCAACGUCACUUCUAUCACCUUUAAUGGUAGGUGGCGGCAGUGGUGUCAGAGGUACCGAGGCGCACGUGAUCACUUAUGCCUUCAAGCCGUUGGUCACUAGAUACGUCGAGGCACUCAAAGACAUACGUUCAUCCGAGAACAUUGGUCUAUACUGCGAAAUUCGUCAACUAAUGACAUAUGUGAAGGAGGGGCAUGGAAGUGCCUUUAGAAGAGUGGUCUUAAGUGCGCUAAUUGAUACUGCUGAAAGAAGUUGCAAAAAGGAGGGCAAAAUGCAAACUACACGAGUCAUAAGGCAUAUGCAUCAAUCAACGACCAACGUUGACGAGAAUGAUAUUGACCCACAGGGCGAAGCCACCUACACUAUCGACGAUAAGGGCGUGGUGCGUAAGCUGCUGUUUAAGAAACGAAGUACGUCCUCGACAUGCGCAAGUUUACUAGAGACCGAGACAGAUGACAUUUCAAAGUCGAACCAGAGUCCGCUAGGAAACCUACGAAAGAAACACCAUAUUUUAACGCCCCGACAAAGCGAGAAGGCGCUAGGGGUGGCCGUAGAAAAUAUGACGGCCAAAACCCAAAAAAGGACCAAAAUGGGUUCGCUCACCAAUUGGUUUAAAAAGGGCGACUCGCAAUCCGUAGACGAGUGUGAUCUCCCGGAUAACGGGGAUAGCUUUAAUGAUUCUGCCAGUUUUAUUCGGCAAUCGUCCAAGUACUACCAGCGUAAGGGAUCUGGUAAAGGGCACGUGGGUCAUACUUUACAAAAGGCCAAACGGCGAAUCGAUGAUAAGUUGAAAUUUUUGAAAAAAGGGAAGAAGAAGGAUGGUAGUUCGGAGGAGAGUGGCGGGGGAAGCAAAUAUUACAGCCGUAAAAACUCGUUCGAACUUGGCGACAAUUCGCGCGAAUCCGAAGUCGUAUUUCUCAAGGAACGAAGAUUGGUGCCGACCGGUUUGGUUUACUGGGGAACCCAAAGACUCUCAUUUUUGCUUGAAACUUGUCCUCCAGGAUCUGUUCCGGAUGCUUUCCUGCUUGCCUCAGCUCUGGAUUUGCCUCAUUCGGCCAUUGUUGCUAGGGCGGCCGUACUGCUAGAAUGCGCCUAUUUUGUGCAUUGUUGUAAUAAAGGUCAAUGGCCUCCGGCGAUGAAACUCGCCUUCCCAAUGUUUCGUCCUUCUGGACCUCUUCCAUCCCGCGGGGCGUCCCACAGUUGCGGAAAUCGUCGCUCGCACAUCAUGCAAAGGGCGGCCGGAAAAAUGUUCCAUCAAUGGGCGGAAGUGAUCGGACAUCGGCUCGAAGAAAUGAUCAAUGAGGACAAGCUGAUGCAAACGGAAAUUAACAAUAUGGUCUGCGAUCCCGAUAAGCAGCGAGAGUUCCAAAUCCAGGAUGAGGAGGAGGAUUAUCUGGAUGAGGCGAGCAUUUACACUUAUGGGUCAGCGUGUCCAAUGCCUUUACGUCUAAUCGCUUGUGUUUUACUGCAAGAGAUUACGGCUUUCUUACGAGAAACUUACCAGAGCUUACCGAAGUCUUCCAAGGUGAGUGGAAAGGAACGACCCGCUCCAUGGGAGAAGUUUUAUAGUAAAGAGGCGAAUAGAAGGUGGAGUAUGGCGUUGAGUUCGAUGGGUCAUUCGCAAACUUCGGCGCAAAGUUUGCAAAGUAUUGCUGGUGACAGGGAUCCAGGUUUAGGACAAACUGAAAGGAAAAUAAGUUUUGUACUUCAUGAGCCCGAUGAGUCUGAGGGAAGUAGCAAUACAACCGUUACCAUGCAGGCUGGCAUGAACCUGGAGGAAUCAAAGAAAUCCCAGGGACGUCCUUAUUUGCUACGGCGAGGGACCGCGGCACCUAGCGGAGGUUCGUUUAAAAGACGUAGUUUAAAAUUCAGGCGAGGUACUAAAGAGGGAAAAGAUAUGAUGGAGAUUGAGUGUCGCAUCCCUGAGACUGUUAAACGCACCGAUUCAAUUCAGUCUAAGAGGAAAGUCAGCUCGUUAUCUGAUAGGAGCGAUAAUUCAGAACCUGGUGUUACUGGAGAGGUAAGCGGAGAAGAAUCUCCAGGAGUGCUCAGUGAUGACCAACCCCCAGAGAGUCCCAGUGAUAGUAAUGAAAGCGAUGAUACCACGAAGAAUAUGCCUUGGUUAAAGGUAAUGGUGCAGAUGUCCAAUAAUAUGCUGUUCUACUGUCAACAUCAGUUCUUUUGUCACCCUUUUUGCCACAGAAGAAUCAUGCGGGGAUGCACCAGGUUGAUCAAAGCGGUCCGAAAAGUAUAUGGUGAAGAGUUCGGCAUUAUCGACGAGAGGUUGUCCGGGGAGGCAGACGUAAAAAAGAAAGCCAACAAGAAAGACAAGAACAACAGGAAAGUAUCCGAUCAAACCAGUUCGCAAGUUAGCCCUAUCAGGAGGAAAGACAGUAUGGGCAAAAAGGAUAGAAUCGACAAAAACUUUGACGGUUCUCAAGCCAGUAAACUGGCCUCCAAAGAUUCUUCACGCGAUAUCGCUGACUCUGAGGGUGGAAAUGGAUCCUCCAAGCAAAUGGACGAUAGUAAACCUUCUGAACCGCCACUGAUCUUAAAAUACAUCCAAACUCAAGUUAAGGACGUUUUUCAUGCUCCAUUAGCCGCUUUAUUAAAGGGGGCCGUUAUAUUGACCGAAGAGAAUUUCAUCGAUAUCGUUCCUAUUGCUUGGGAGCUUCUUUUGGAAAUGAACCAAGAAGUUUCAGCUGCGGCUGCUUCGUUGUUUAUCUUAGCUUCAGUAAAGGCCGCCUCUCAUGUCUCCGAAAUAAUGCAACACGGACUCAACAGUGCCGAUCCUGCGGUCAGAAUAAACGCCAUUUUAAGAUUUCAAGUGUUAUGGAAGAUGCGCUUCCAAGUAUGGCCCAGAAUGGAAGAAAAUGCGCAUGCCCUCUUCAAAAUUCCACCUCCUGGAAUCGAGUUUACCCUACCAUCCCCGAAAAUCGGUAUCGAAUGCCUGGACGUGGUGGAUUCCCCGUGGGAGCUCCUGGUCAAAACGAAGGUGGAGGAGGUGACCAUUAACCAAGAGAGACACAGAUCAUUGGUAACCGCUACCAAAUCGCGCAAGAAGCAAAAAACUGAGCUAAUUAAAAUGGCUUUACAGGCCCAGGAUGACAAGAAGCGGGAGGAACGGGAAAACUUUUUAAUUACGACUAUCCCGAUUACUAUGCAAGCGGCCCACGAACCCAGUCUCUAUCAUACCACCGGGGAAGAACAUACUGAAGAUGACAACGAGGAGAACGAAGGAGGUCAGGCGAGAAACACUGGACAUCACCUACACUCUGCACAUUCGUUAUUUCCUUCUUGCUUAUGUGCCGCUGUGGUGUCCAUCAUUAAUUUACUGGACGACGCUGCCGUUUCUCUUGACGGAUGCGCAGUAUAUGAAGCGGCUUAUUCGGUUAUUUGGACUUGUUUGGUAGAGGAUAGCGCCCUCUUUUUAAGAUACGUUUUGGAAAGACUGACUCGAGACAAACAAGAAGACAUGUUCAAAAUCCUACGUCAUCUGAUCAGAUUCAUUCCAAAACUACCACAGCAAGCCGCAUUUGCUUUAUAUAACUACAUCAUCGGUUACGUGAUGUUUUACGUGAGAAGCCCACAUGAAGAAGGACAACAUCUCAUAGGGUCAGCCCUCUCGGUUCUAUGGAUGGUGGUCCAUAGCGUUCACGGCAUAAUGUUUAAGGAUCUUAAGCAAAUUCUGCGCAAAGAACAAUGCGACGCUUCGAUUCUUUUGACGGCCAACGUGCCUUCUGCUAAAAAAAUUAUCGUGCAUGGACCUCAAGACCCAAAUGCCGCAGGAAUCCCUUCGCAAUUUCCGGUCCAAGAAGACACACAGUUUUGCCAAAUAUUACGUGAAGCUUUGGACUUUUUUGGGAUAGAAGAGGAGAAGCAGGAGGAGUACUUUCUUGUUGAUCAUAAAACCCAUCAAAUAAGGAACCCAAAUGCUUAUGUGAGAGACUAUUACUUUUUCAAGAGGUCUCAGUACCCUCAGCUGGAGCUGGUCCAUAUGGAACCGGAAGAGGCCUUCCAUGCACUCCAAAAGCAAGAGCUGGUGCACAAGUUUGUUGAGAGUGGCAAAGUGUUGCUCACUUGGGCUAUUUUAAAAAAUGUAGACAUGGUGGUACAAAGGGUGGUUUUCCUCCACGAAGAGCUAAUGAAACUUCCCUCGUUUCCUCGUAAAGCUCUCGAAAGUGACCUGGAUCUGUAUAAGCGAGGUCCCCUGGGAAAAGAACUUCUUGGUCUUGACGUGCUUCAUAAGUUCAUGUGGGUGCGACUAAUUGCGAGGAUGUUCGAAGCCAUGGCCGGAAACUUUGCGUAUUCCGGAGAUAUUCAUUUGUUCGUAAAUGUGCUUAAUGGCGCGUUAAUUCUACAUUCCGAAGACUCGUGCAUCUUGAGAUACGUGAUGGCUACUUAUAUUAAUGCCGCGUUUCAUUUUAAGAAUAUUUUUUCUACUAAUGGAUAUCUUUUAAUAAUGCCAACCUUACUAAAAAUCUACUCAAACCACCAAACGAACAAACUGGUGACCACAACAAUAGAAUACGCAGUAAAAGAGUUUUACACCAUGAACCGAAAACCGUUUAUCUUACAAAUGUUCGGAUCGGUAUCUGCAAUGCUGGACACAGAUGAGGAGGGUACCUACGGAAAUGCCCAUAAGAUCCAAUCCACUUGCCUAUUUAAUUUACUUUUGAGUCUGGAAACUCCAUCUCCAGACCCUUUGAACAUUGCCGAACUGGUAAAAGAACCAGUAAGGGCCAUCGAUUUCUGCUAUCACGACGAAGAUAAUGAUGUCACUGUGCUAGAUUGUAUAUCUAUGUGCGUCAUGGUGGUGUCGUAUUCUGCGGAGAGUUGCAGAGGAUAUCAAAUGUUGGUAAUUUUGGAGGCGAUCCUGCCCUACUACGUAGACAAGAUCCAGGAACCGGUUUAUAUAGCGAACUCUAUCAAACGCUUCAAGAAAAACGAGAAAGACAUCAUCAAUCAGCUAGCGAUAGCGAUCCGUUGCUUGGUGGAAAAUUGCGCGGAAUUAACCAAAUUCAGUUCGAAAAGGGUUUAUAAUGGACCAUACCGGUCCAGCCCUGAACACAAGGGCUCCAGCCAAAGAAAUUAUAAAGGGCCGUACUCGCCCGGUUUCGAUUUUGAAGACGAUUCGCAUGCGAAGUACAUGAGCGAUCACAAUCGCACCAAAAACAUUUACGAACAUGAUACUGAAGACAGCGAGAUGUUAAGGGCUGAAUACAGACGACCCAGGGAUGUUUUACUUUCUCUUGUGGGCGAAUUCGUGCAAAAGGCGGGAGCGAGAGUGAUUGAGCUUGCGAAAAAGGAGGGAGACGGCAAAAUGAUUGAAAUUUUGGAUACGAGGUCACAUGUGAGGCUGGCAGAUAUCGCUCAUGCUCUCCUAAAAGUAUCCCCAUACGAUCCAGAAUCCAUGGCAUGCAGGGGUCUACAGUUCUACAUGAACCACGUGCUGCCGGACACCGAUUGGGGUGAUGACGCCAUGAGACCCGCCUUCAUCAACCUCGUAAAACGUAUGGAGAAAGUUUUUGGGAAAAUCCAAAAAAAAGCCUCCAUAAGAAGAAAUACCGAUUGGGAUGCCGCAGCUGGUCUACUAAAAGGAAUCUACAACACCAUGGUGAAAUAUCCAUACAUCAUCAAUUGGCAUCAAAUCAAGCAGCUAAUAAGCGUUUGCCAGAGCCUGAUAGUGACGGAAUGUUGUGGAGAAGGAGUUUCUGGAGCAACGGCGGCCAUUCUUAGCCAAGCACCCCCGGCCAAUUUCUGUUCAAUGGUGGUCAGAUUGAUUGCCUUACAAAUACAAGAAGGACACGAUUUUUGUUCGCUGGAACAAGUAUGCGGCGGAUCGACGUUUUCCACGCAAGAACGUACCGAAAGUAUGAUUAUUAAUCUGGUGAUGCCGCUGUGUUUACGGGUUGGGAGUGGACGAAAAGACAUACCGAAAAUCAAACAAUCCGACGUGAGUUUCGCGAUAACUCUGGUGCUGCACGCGAUGAGUCCUCCCUCCUCACAGGGAGGAAUCAACCCCAAAGCAACCGGGGAGGCCAGGACCGGCAGCCUUACCUUCACAGGAACCAGAGACACAAAAACUUUAUCAAAAAUUAAUACGUCUUUGUAUCAAGUGUCUUUUUUGGCUUUAAAAAUGAUCGCCAUCUGCUUUGAGGAAUAUCUGAUAAAUGACUGGAUGAAAAUCGGAAGGACGAUGAGGGAGUUAGGCAAGAGAAACGAGGCCGCCACUUAUUUAUGGGAUUUUUUGGAUUUUGUCGUAACACAUCGGACUCCUCUGUAUAUUUUGAUGCAACCGUUCAUCUUUUUAAAGUUGGCUCAACCUCCGAUUUCCGACUUCGAACGCACAAUGCAUAAGAAAAUCAGCGAUAAGAUCCGCAGUAUCGGACUCCCCUUGCCGAAGAGCAAGGGAGCCAUCUUGAUGGAUCUGGCCAAUCAGAUGAAGCAGCUCAAGGAAGAACUAUCGGAAUCCACAGAAUCCGAUGAGUCGAAGAAGGACAACGCACAACCCUCAGUUCACGUGACCAACGAGACCACGCACAGAACCCAGCGGUCGUCAGUAAUCGGGUUAUUAACUGGAGAUUUACACCACAGAACCUCCACCCACGAAGCUUUCCAGCAACAUUUGAAAGGCUCCUCGACAAGCACCAGUCACGCCUCCACCCCAGUUCAAAAACCGAAUGCCUCCUUUCCAGAUUUUCAAUGUGACACGAAGAGUUCCACCCCUUGUGCCUCCUCACAAGAUCGUUCGAUGUCUCAACGCUCUUCGGGCAGUGACGAGACCCACCCACCAACUACCCAACACCCAACCCAAUCUAACCAUCAUCCACCACCCACCUCAACUUCUGCUACCACCCAAAAGGUCGCACACAAACUGCGCUUUGUUUCUUCCGUAGAGUUUAGACAUUCUACAGGUGAAACUUCAACGACUCCAUUAAGUCCGGCGAGUCCUGUGGAGCCGGACGAUGGACAGCAAAAGUCCAAGCUUCAACGCAAAACAUUCCGGCUAAAGAGCAAGAGUAAAAGCAAAAAGUCCGCCGAUUUAGCCCACUUAAAACUCGAACAACCCGAACCAACUUCGCCCCCAGGCACGAUGUCUCCGCCUCCACCAUUUUCCAGCAGUCUUCACCCAGAAUGUAACUUGCCCUACUCUCCAUUAGCCAGCGAGUCUCCCAAGAGUCCACCAAUUUCACCUCCCACCCCACAGACAGCAUUUCAGGGUCCUCCCUCAGCUCAACAUGUGCCUCUCAUUGGACAACUCAGCAAUAUUUCUACUGCUAGCUCGAAUCACGAGGGACAAAAGUUUAACAUCACUCAGGGCGGCACAUUUUCGAUUCUGGAUCCGCAUCGUCUCCGGAUAGCCACCAGAGGUAAAAGUGCUGAAGGCUCUUGGGACGAAGAUUCGGCAAUUUCGCAAACCUCCAGCACCUCUGGAUACAAAGAAUCUUAUCCGGUAAUGCUCCUUAAGGACCCACUAGAAACCAGUCCGAAGAUCUUCCCGCCGUUGGCGUCGCCGGAUUUGCACUCUCUGCCAUCCACCAGCAGCGCCGCCACCAACAAUUUCCUCGUGCAAGACAACAGCUCUCCCGACUGUUCUUUGAACGAAACAGGAGAGAAAACGGCUCUGUUGGAGAAGGAAGAUCAGUCGUCGUCCAAGGACUCGUUGCUGAUGAUGUUCGAUCAGGAUGCUCAAGAUGAAACUUCGUUGAUUUAAAUUAAAUAUUUACGGGAGAUGUUAUUAGCUGUUAGGAUCCCUGAUGGCACAAAUCAUUGAUGGAACACCAAAUUCGAAGUGUAGUAUAUUGCAAUGUCAAGAUUUUUAUUCAUUAUUGGUCAUUUUUUUAGGCAUAACUUAAGAGCCGCUUGAAACAUUUUCAUAGUUUUUUUCUUUAAUGUAGCCGCAGUUCCAGUUUUGAUGGUAGAAACGUUGUAUCCCAAAAAUAUACCGACAAACUUCAAGGCGCGUAGGGAACAUCAAAACAAAUAUUUUUUGUCCUGUAAACAUAUGUCCGCAAAUGAGCCGUUUGGGCUCUAGAGCAACAAAACUCUUUUGGUACUAUUAUUUUCUUCAUUAACUGAAUCGCUGUUUGCAGUGCAGUUUAAUCAUUAUUUUGUUUAUUAACAAAUGAAUUAUUGUUUACAAUAGUUGUUUAAAAUGCCGACCUUUUGCUUCAACGCAAAGAUAGCAGCGUUGGGUCAUUGAGUCGCAAACUCUUUAGAACAUUCCAGGAAUAGCUUCUAGAUGGGUAUUACGCUUGCUAGCAAAUCUUCCUCUUUUAGGACAUUCAGACAGGUGUUUGGCAACCCAAAGAAAAAAAUCUAGGGGAUUGAGAUCAGGAAAACGCGCGGGCCAUACAACAGGACCUCCUCUUCCUGUCCAUCGUUAGGGAAAUCGCUGAUCUGAAUAUGUUUGCACCAAAAUGUGGAGGUGCCCCGUCAUGUUGAACCAAGUAUUAUUUGAAAGGUUUAUAGGGAUGUUUCGCAAUAAUCGAGGCAAAGUAUUUUGUAGAAAAUUAAGGUAAAUAUCUGCAUUUAAACGAGCAGGCAACAAGUAAGCAAUUAUGUUCUCUCCAAAAAUACCAGCCCAGAUGUUUACAGAAAAUUGUUGUUGGUGUCUUCUAUGUGCGGAUUUUUCUGUUUCUGGUAUUGAAGUAACCAUCGCACGUAAAGCACUCCUAUGAAAUAAUAUAAUAGUAUAAUGUUACAAAGUAAUAAAUGAAAAGGGUACAAAAGUUGUUUCUCGAGAACUCAAUGUACCGAAUUCCUAGAUGAUCCUAUCUGGUGUGCAAUUGCACGAUCGAUUGUAGAUAUUCUGUGUAAUACGUCUUCUUCAACCGGAACAGUACGAGCAGUUCUUGGGCGACCAGCUCCACCAGUCUUAAUGUUCAAGUCUCUGCAAGGCGAUGAUGGAUAGAAGAAAAGGUUGUAUGAUGGGGUUGCCUACAAUUUGGAUAUCUCUCUUCAUAUAAGCGACCUACUUUUCUUUCACUGCACAGAGCUAUACCAUAAGCCAGAUGCAUAUCGACAAGUUCUUCAAAUGACAAACUAUUUGCCAUUUUAAUGCAAAUUUUAAAUUAAUGCAGGUUAAUGAAAAUGUCAACUAUGACAAAUGUCUACCUGGGAAUGUUGAUGAUAAAGAAAUGCAGCGAUAAAGUAAACAGUGAUUCAGUUAACGCGCAAAAUAAUAGUAACAAAAACUCCCCUACCGCCCCUUGAAGUUUGUCGGUAUAUUUUAUACCUAAAAGAAUUUUAGUUAUAGCAAGAUUAUUACUGUUCCAUUAAUUUUAUAUUAGAACAUUUCUUGUAGUUCAAAAACUGGCCCGAGUUAGAGGCAAUUUCGUCAGCCAAGAUCUAACAAAUUUAAAGUUUUGAAACAUAAAUUGCAACAUCAAGAUUUUCGUUCAUUAGUGGAGAUUUUCUUCACUUGGAAUAUUUUCAUAUAUUUUCUACUUUAAUAUAGAACAGUUUCUGAGAAUGGAUUCUGGGGUAAGGAUUUGGCUGGGUAGGGCAGUUUUGGUUGCGACAUUCUUUUGGCCAAUUUUAUUGGUAAAUUUAUACCAUGCUUCAAAAUAUUUUAAAAUAAUAAGAAUAUUCUUAAAAGCGUCUGGGCCAUAGCAGAUGCAUUUAUUCUGCAUUAUUAUCAUAUCCGAGUGUUUCUUGUAUCUCAAAACCUCUCAGAGUGGGAGGCAAUUUUCUCGACCAAGGAACCAUCAGAUUUGAAAAGUUUUUAUUCAUUAGAAUUUUCCAAGAAUAUUCAAAUUGGUGACACGUCAUUCCCAGAUGUUUCAGAACAUUUAGAGAAUGUUCAUGGAUGAUGUUGUGCUAUUAGGGAUAAAGCUCAGACUGAUUAUGUUGAAAAAAGUAUGAUGUUAUAACCAUUUGUUAGAGUUUAUGUAUAGAUGAUUUUUAAAACAUAGUACGAAACAUAUUUUAAAGCAAAAAUGUAACUUUAUUAGCAAAAAAAGUGUAUUUCAAUGUGGUAAAAAUUAAAAUAUACUAGUAA